UGUCCGCGCGCGCACGCCAGUGAGUGAGUGUGUGCAUGUGUGUGUGUGCAUGUGUGCGUGCGCGCGGGGGGUGCAUGUGUGCAGGCGGCCCGGAGCACGCGGGGGAGCCGGCUCCCUCCAGGUGUGGGGCCGUCGGAGCCAGGGAGCGGAGAUGGACUUCGACUCGUACCAACAUUAUUUCUACGACUGUGACUACGAGGAAGAUUUCUACCGCUCCACGGCGCCCAGCGAGGACAUCUGGAAGAAAUUCGAGCUGGUUCCCUCGCCCCCCAUGUCGCCCCCGUGGGGCUCGGGCUCCAGCCCGGGUGCCUGUUGCUCGUCAGCCGCGAAUGGCCCUCCCGAGCCGUGGCCUGGGGGCUGCGGGGUGGACGAGGCGGAGGGCCGGGGCUACUCCAAGGCGCUGGCCAGGAACUACGCCUCCAUCAUCCGCAGUGACUGCAUGUGGAGCGGCUUCUCCGCCCGGGAGCGGCUGGAGAAAGUGAUGAACGACAAACUCUCGGCGGCCGCCGUGGCCGCCGCGACACCCAAGGGGACUCCAGCCAAGCCGACGGCUUCCGCAGACCCGGGCUGCGGCCACCCGGGGCCCGAGGGCGUGGAUCCCACUGCCGUGUUCCCCUGCGCCCCGGGCGAACCCAAGCCUCAAGCUUUCUCGGGCUCCGAGAGCCAGAGCGAUUCCGAGGGUGAAGAGAUUGAUGUGGUGACAGUGGAGAGGAGGCAAUCCCUCAGUGUCCGGAAGCCAGUCACUAUCACAGUUCGAGCUGACCCCCUGGAUCCCUGCAUGAAACAUUUCCACAUCUCCAUCCACCAACAGCAGCACAAUUACGCUGCCCGAUUCCCUCCAGACAGCUGUCCUCAGGAGGAGACUCCAGAGAAGGAGGCCAAAGAGGAGGAGGGGGAGGAAGAGGAAGAGGAAGAAGAGGAGGAAGAGCAAGAAGAAGUUGAGGAGCUGGUGGGUCCCCCAGGGCCGGCCAGCCCCCCAUCCUCAGAAAUGGGUCCCAGCCAGGCCAGGCCAGUCUCUUCUGACACCGAGGAUGUGACCAAGAGGAAAAACCACAACUUCUUGGAACGGAAAAGGCGGAACGACCUCCGCUCUCGCUUCCUGGCACUACGGGAUCAGGUGCCUGCCCUGGGCAGCUGCACCAAGACUCCUAAGGUGGUCAUCCUCAGCAAGGCCCUUGAGUAUCUGCAGACAUUGGUGAGUGCUGAGAAGACCAUGGCCUUAGAGAAGAGGCAUCUCAGGGCACGGCAGCAGCAGCUACAGAAGAGACUCGCUCAGCUCACAGGCCACUAACCUACCAAAAAGACAGAGAUGGGGCUCUCUUUGUGGAAAACAGAUCUCUACUUUUCUCCCCCUCCCCCUUUGGUAAUUUGCACAUUUUGGGUCCCGUGGGACUAACUGGACUAUCAAUCCCAGAAUGCACUGCGGCCAAAUGCACGCACUCACGCUCACACACACACACGGCUUGCAUUCUUGGAACCUUUGAGAGACUAUCUUGGCAUGUUGCAUCCCCCGCCCCCUUGUUCCCCAGAUCCUCUGCCUCGUUUGGGGGGACAGUCUCUGUGUCCAGCAAAGCAGCUGCCUGAGGGUGGAGCUUUGGGGGGCAGCUCUGGGAGAAGGGCAAGGCGUGACAGAUGCUGAGCGACAGGUGGUAUCCUCCAGUGAUGUUGCCCUCCCUGAAAUCACACCCUCCCGGAGCUCAGGGGUUGGUCAUGGUGAGGGAUGCUCCUGCUGGGGCCGUCCCUGUGGGGUUAGCCGAGGACAGCUGGGCUCUGAGGCUGACGACUCAAGAUACUUUUCCCAGUGGAUACAUGAGCUGUUUUCACUGGAGAGGAGCCUGGAGUGUUACUCACUAUGGAGACCCUCACCUCUCUGCUAAACCCUUUAACAGUAGCCAAGGAAUUGGCAACUUUUUGAUGAUGCUACAAACUUGCAAACAGAGCUGUCUAUGGAACUGCAGGCCUGCCGCAGAGGGAGAAGGGUUAACUUGGCCACCAGAACUGCACCUCUUGUUUUCUUUCACCCGAGGCUUCUGGUGGGUGGGUUUGAGAUCUGAGGUGAGAUCCUGUUGCUAUGUCCCCUCCAUCACCCUAGUGACUGGGAGCACUCUUCAAAUCCUGUUUAAGUUGGUCGUAGCAGCAAGGCUUUGGGUAGGACCUAGUUCCUAGAAUAGAUCCCGCCUUGAUGUGCACUCCCCCAACCAAUGGCACUUAGGGCCUAAAUGGAGGCAGGGAGUGGGGAGCUAGGGGGUGGUACCUGGGCGGGGGGAGGAUUGGAGUUAGAAAAUUCUUCUCCCUUCUUUCUUCUCCCUGUAGCCCCAGGAGGCAGUGGGUUCUGAAGAGCUGGCCCAGUCUUGCCCGCCUCUCUUUCCCACAGCAUCAAUGGCCCCUCCAGUCGUCCCUGUUCCUCUGUCUGGCAUGACUGACAUUCUUCCUUAGAGUUUCCUUAGAGAGCUCAGGGGCUCAGCUGCUUGGCUGGGCCCUCUGGGAAUCUGGCUUUCAUUCCAGAAUAGACCUGCUGAAAUAACUCAGAGUGCUAGAUAUGGAAGAUGAGUCCAGUGGCAGGUCCCCAGAGUACAAUCCCAGACCAAGACAAAAUUCUGGUUGCUUUAUCACAUGAGCUCAUGCCCUAUCUGGGCAAACGACAGCCAGUUCUGGUGCAAUGCUAAUUCUAGGGAUGAGUUUGAAUUUAACUCAUGCCAGGCUAUGAGAUCAUAGGAUUUUAGAACUGGAAGGGCAAUUUAGUACAAUCUGUUCGUUUUACAGGUGAGAAAAGGCCUCAGAGGUCACAGAGAUCAUGAGACAAAGGCAGGAAUUCAGACCUAGGACCUCUGAUUCCCCAAUCCCCGUGCACUACCUACUAUUCUGUGCUAGUGACUACCUAUUGUAGAGACCAUCUACCCAUCCAUCUCUUGGGCAGAGGCUUGAACUAGGUGAACCCUAAGGGUCCUCCCUGCUAAAAGAUCCUAUGAUUCCAAUUUCAGGAACCACCUGACUGGGUAGUGAGAGGGAUUAAUAUGUCAGCCUCCUAUAGCCACUUGACAACUUGACACUCCGGUGCCUUUUAUUAGGCCAUAGGUUUUGGAUUGCCCCUAUCGCAACCCCUUCCUACCUCCCCCAAAACCCCCAAUGUGGUUCUGAUUGACACCUGACUCUGGGUAUAAAGAGGGGCUGGAAGCUUUGAUAUCUGCUUCCAGAGUUCUUUCAAGCAGAUGGUGAUCCUGGACCCCUGACACCAACAGGGCCAAAGGGUUGAAGUCCUUCUGAUAUCCAGUGGGCAUACCCUAAGAAUAAGGGGCCCAUCCUGAAUGAUAUGACUUCCAUGGAUUAUUCUGUGGCCUGUGGAACCAAGGUUGCUAACUUUAUUGUCUAUGGGAAGGUUUGGGCUGGGUCAGGGUUGGUUGGGUUGCUCGGGUUUGGGUUUAUACCAGAAGCUGCUGUUGGGUGUCGGGUUGGGGAGACUGGUUUCUAUACUGUAUUUUUGUAUGACUUUUGCAAAGUAUUGUUAAUUGUUUUUGUACAAGAAAGACCUCCCAGCUCAUACCCCUGUUACAAGGGUUUGAUUUAUUUCUGAAGGGCAAAUAUGCCUGAAUUUUUGUAUUUCAAUUCUUUAGUUGUGGUUAACUUCCCAAUUAAGAACUGUUCCCUAUACCUCUAACCCCGAAACAUCAUCAACACUUAAUAAAAGAUUUCUCAAAGUG